AUUUGGGCGGUGCUGUAGGGGAAAGUAAGUUUACAUUUUAUAAUUAUAAAGUUACACAUAGUGAUGUUUACAGGGAAGGCAACAGUGUCCAUUUUUAAGCCUGAGAAGACAAAAACUCAUAUCAGCUGAAUCAGCUUUUAGAGCAUAAUGAAGAUGAACUCUGCUGGUAAGAACAUGUGUUCCCACAAUCCUCUCUGCUGAGGUGUCCUUGAGCAAGGCACUGUCAGCACCUGGGGCUGUUCUCAACACAACAAUCUUCCUAUAAAUAUGAACAAAUACUCUGCUGUAUCAUCUUUAUCGCCUCAUUGUUCCCGCAUCAUUAUCGGUCCAUAAAUACGCAUAUGAUACAGUCCGCGAGCGAGGGAGCAUCUCGACGCUUCAGUGACGUAGGCAGGGAACGACGUUUCCGUAGCAACUGGGGCCGAUCCGUUCACCGCAGCGGCCGCUGUACUACCGGAGCUGAUCAAAGAGUGGGGGGGUUGUCGUCGGUAACCGGAUACCUCCUCUGUCUUGUGGGGCGUAGAGACACGGGGGCGACGCAGUUUCGAGGCGGCGAGCCCGCAGUGCCGUGCGGAGAUGCUGAAUAUGUGGAAAGUCAGAGAGCUGGUGGACAAAGCCACCAAUGUGGUGAUGAACUACUCAGAGAUUGAGUCCAAGGUGAGAGAGGCCACCAAUGACGACCCCUGGGGACCCUCCGGACAACUGAUGGGAGAAAUAGCCAAAUCUACCUUUAUGUAUGAGCAGUUCCCAGAGGUGAUGAACAUGCUGUGGACCAGGAUGUUGAAGGACAACAAGAAGAACUGGAGACGAGUCUACAAGGCUUUACUGCUGCUGGCCUAUCUGAUCAGGAACGGGUCUGAAAGAGUCGUCACCAGCGCCAGAGAACACAUCUAUGACCUGCGAUCUCUAGAAAACUACCACUUCAUCGAUGAGAACGGUAAGGAUCAGGGCAUCAAUGUGCGUCAGAAGGUGAAGGAGAUGGUGGAGUUCAUCCAGGAUGACGACAGACUGAGAGAGGAGAGGAAGAAAGCCAAGAAGAACAAAGAUAAAUAUAUUGGAGUCUCCUCUGACAGUAUGGGAGGAGGAGGAGGAGGAGGAGGAGGAGGGGGAGGAAGCAUUAAGAACUCUAAUGAAUUGGAUCGGAGUAAGUGGGAUGAGGACUGGGAUAAGAGCAGAGGAACUUUCCCCUUUAGUGAGAAGCUCGGAGAGAUCAGUGACAAGAUAGGCAGCACCAUAGACGACACACUCAACAAAUUCAGAAAGAAGGAACGAGACGACUCACCCGACAGAAUCAGUGACAACGAGGAGGACCGAGCCUCGAGAAACGGUAGGCAGGAAACUCUUGAGUUUAAAGACGAGGAGGAGACUGUCACAACAAAGAGCAUCCAGAUCACGCAAGCAACAGAAACUACGACCACCACCACGCGGAAACGUAGCGGAGCAACGAGCAGCAAGACUCUGGACCUGGGCGCUGCGGCCCACUACACUGGAGACAAGAGCCCAGAGGAGAAGUCAUCAGUCAGGCAGUCUUCCAGUAGCGGUCUAGCUGACCUGCUCGUGAUUGACCCCUUAUCCAAUCAGAGCACUGCAACAGGUGGCAGUUCGGACCUCAUCGGUGGCUUUGCUGACUUCUCCUCUCCUGCAGCCUCUGCCAGUCUCCCAGCCUCCACCGCUGCUGCAUCAUCCAAUGGAAAUGGAGACUUUGGAGACUGGAACGCUUUCUCGGCCAAUCCACCAGCUUCGUCUAGCUCCGGUCCCUCCCAGCCCGUCACUGACCUGUUUGGCAGCGUCCAGUCACCCACAGCCCCGACCUCUAAUCCCACCGCCACCACCCCACCAUCUGCCGAGCUCUUUGACCUGAUGGGUGGAGUUAACCAUCAACUAACCAAUCCACACACAACACUGAGUGCCUCUCAGAGCAUGACUUUCUCUCUGGGAGGGGUGACGCCAGGAGCCUCUGUUGCUAUGCCAGCCAUGCCCCUUUCUCGCUCUCAACAGAGCUUGGGAGGCAUGACAUCUCAGCAGCCCAUAGGACAACAGCAGAAGGUCGGUGUUGGAGGUCCAGGAUCGUUAGGGUCAACCUGGUCUGACCCCUCCGUCAACAUCAGCCUGGACUUCCUGUCAGCAGGCCUCAACCCCACGAAGACACCGCCCACACUCAACAAUAUCAUCCAGCAACAAGGAGUGCCUCCCAACCUGUUGGCCCAGAACUUCGGAGGACUGAGCCUCAGCUCCCCGCCCCAUGUGACGCCCAUUAGACCACCAGCCAACGCCAUGACAAUGGGAAUGCCUGCAUCUAUGGCAACUGGCAUGCCUGCUUCCAUGGCAUCAAGUAUGCCCCCUUCAAUGACCACGGGUACCAUGGGGAUGGGGGGAAUUCCUGUAAACCAAGGCAUGAUGGGAAUGAACAUGAGCAUGAAUAUGGGCAUGGCCGCUCCAGUGAUGAUGGGUGGUAUGACUGGCAUGGGCGUGCCAGGAGUAGGGAUGGGCCUCACACACUCCAUCACCCCAGCCGUGGUUCCACCCAAACAGGAUGCCUUUGCUAACUUUGGCAGUUUUGGGAAAUGAAGGAGUGCAAAUGCGUGUGAGUGAGUGUGAGUGUGAGUGUGCAUGUCUGACAUGUCAGGAGUGUGAACCACAGGAGGACUGCUGUACUUGAAGACAACCUUGCAUGUUUCUCUCUCUCUCUCUCUCUCUCUCUCUCUCUCUCUCUCUCUCUCUCUCUCUCUCUCUCUCUCUCACUGCUUCUGCUAUCUUUGGCGAGCUGGCACCAGUGAUCGUUCAUCAGCCCAGUGUGUUGACAUGAUCUUGGAGGUGGGAGAGAGCGCCGUCUGGUGCCCCUCAUUCGGUUAAAAUUAUGUGUGGGAUUAUGUCACACAGUGGACACCCGAAGAGCAGGGACGGUGUCAACCCACAGCCUAUAGUCAUUACUCUCCAGUGAGGAACGGAUCCUCAUCUUUACCUGUUUUAUAUAUGAACUGCAGUAUGUCCCCCCUCAUUACAAAAUAAACACAGCAAAAAGUUUCUCUGUAACUGCACGGAGAGUUCAAUCAGUAACUCUAAUGAAAAUGGCUUUGUUGCCUUAAUUUUGCAUCGUAGCCUCAGAUAUCAUGUUUUAUAAAAUGACAUCCAAAUUCAAUCACAAAAUUGAAGCCAUCACUUUAUUUCCAGGGAGUCACACUCCUUUUCCUAACAGUAGAGCAGUUAAAAAAUCUGGAGUAUACUGAGCCCAUACUCUGGUCCUCCAGCAGAGGGCAGGAUGGGUGUAUGUGUUGGGAUAACACUGUAUGGUACUUAUUCUUGAGCCAUAUUAGGAUGGAUGAAUAGCAUAUUACAUCCCUUUUCUCCCCUGUCCUUUUGUAUCAGGCUUGUAGCAGUUCACAGUAACUCAGUGUACAGUAGGACACUUACUGAUGUUUAAAAGAACAUGAGUGAAGCCUUGAACUGCGGAACAAAAGUCCCUAAAAUGCCAAUGGACUCUUUCAAACACAAUAAUCAGUCACUGGUAAAAGUGAUACUGUUCCUCUACUCUCCAUUCUGGAUGUCCUUGUCAGAUUCAUUCCUGAUAAAGGGGUCAGUCAGUAUUUUAAUAAGAGUACCAUUCACGGGUAGUUUCUCUUGAUGCCCUCUCUGACAUUGUCUUACCUCAGGCAUGAUGUUGUAGGACACGUGACUUUAUGUAAGCAUUGCUUUCUGACCCACAUAGAUCUCUUCUGUUCAUUCUACUUCUUCAUACAGACACUGUUUAUGUAAAGAGGUCCAGAAUCAUGUUUUUUAAAGAGUAUUUGCCAACUGAGGGUAUACGACGGUCGCCAUUUACAAGACAGUACAGUACAAUCGUCUACAUUUCUUCCAUGUGUAAGGCCGCGGCUCACCUCUGAAUUUUUGGGUCGACCCAGCAAUGAACCUUUAAUUACAUACAUUUCUUUGCCAGCAACAGAUUUUCAGCCCACAGCUCACGUGGUGGUCUCUUUGUGUGCACCUCACACACUGUGUACUAGAAAACAACCACCUUUACAUUUGACAUGGGUUAGAUACAUUGGAGGAUUUUUUUCAUUAGCUGCAUUUUAAUAAAUGAUUUCUAAGGCUAGCUGAGACCAAUCUAAAGGGUUUUUGGGGUCUCGAGUGAAGUGUGUGUGAGAAAAGAGUGAAUGAGUGUGUGUGACUUUGUGUAUGGGUAUAGUUUUCUCUGUUUGAUGUGCAAACACAGCUAAGCAGAGCCUCUUGUCAUUUUCUGAGGCGCUGCUCUCCAAAUGACCAAAUCUUUAUUUUGUUACUCUCAGAAGGAUGAUUCCAUAGCUAUUAGUUUAAUAUUUUAUUAGUUUACUUGUAAGGUUAUGUUCAUAUGAGAGAGCUACUAAUACAUAAUUUAGUUGACUGGAAUCAUGUUUUUUUUUUUUUGGUUUUUUUUUUUUUUUUGGUUUUCGGUACAGCUUGUUUUAUUUGAUUGUACUCUAUAUUUUCUGUACUUCAUUCGACAUUAAAUUAAAUUAUAACAAUGAAGAGUCAGGUCUUAUUGAUAUUUGCAUUACAUUUGAGACUGAGCAUGGCCAUGGUAGCUAUCAUUGAGAACAGCCUUAGGUGAGGUUACAUUCUGUAGAGGUGGGAUCAAGUCAUUGUAUUGCAAGUUGCAAGUAAGUGUCAAGUCUUUCCACACAAGUCCCAAGUCAAGACUGGGAAGUGCCAAGUGCUAAAUUUGGGGUUUCAAGUCCUGAACAGGUCAUAAUGUGCAAAUGUAAUGCCAUUUUAACAACAGAGUAAUGAUAGGCUACAUUAAGUUUACAGAAGCCAUGAAUGUGUUUUAAAAUUUGCAUUUAGUUUUUUAAAACACUAGUUUUUAUUGACCACUUUUAGUUUUUGUACACAAACGAAAAUCAAACAAGAUCACUUUUUCUGACUGGCGCUCAGGAAUGUACUGUUAACGUCCAAUAACGGUCUCUGUUUUCUGGGUAUCAGACAGUUUUAUAAUUUUCCACAAUCCGGAUUCAAAUUUGAAACCAAACCAAUCCUACCUGAGACACAGAUCAGAUUCAAACGGCAGACAGGAUCGAAACUGGGUCCAGGAUUUGUAAAGGCUGCCUGGCCUCAGUGGGAGCAACUUCUAAAUUUGUUAGUAGUAAUGGCAGGGUGAAGUCAGAAACUGUCACUUCAGGUUUAUGUCUAGCAGCAGCAGCAGCAGGUGUCCAGGUCAGGGCUGUGAAGCUGCUUCCAUCUGGGGGUCAAGUCUCCCCGCUCCAGGUCACCCAGAGGUAGAGUAUCCACAGAGGGCCUGUGUGUGAUGGUGCUGCUGGAAUAUGUGUCAGCAGAGACAUAGGAAAUAAAGAUUAAAUGUUAGGAGCAACAAAAGUGAAAAAUGUUGGAAAAUCAAAAUUAUGAGACACAAAGUCAAAAGUUUAUUUUCUGUUAGGGACUGUUCGUUAUUUGUGAAAGGAGAGGAGGUGGUGCAAAAAGGGGGAGGCAUGUCAAAUAAUUAUUUAUGGAGUGGGGAUGGACUUACGGUUUUUUAUUUUGGCUUAGGGGAGGUGCAUAUACUGUAUCUUUAAAUGGUUGUGUUUUGCAUUAGGUUUACUGGGUUUUACAUUUUCUGACAUCUGACAUCAAUUUUCUUUAAACAUUACAAAAAUUACAAUUUAUCAUAGCCAGAAACUGUGAAAACAGAAAUCCAACUGUCCUUGCACCCAUCAUCUGCCACGUGUCCAUCAGGAAAAAACAUAAAGAAUCUGAGCUCAAAAUAGUGAUAUUUCAUCAAAAUCCCUUUUAUCUAUGUCUCAUUUAAAAUUUGGCCAAAAAUAAACUGUUUGCAUGAACUAACCAGUAUGCAUGACAAAAACUGAGGCUUUUUUCAACUCCAGAAUUUCAUCUUUAACUUUCAAACAUCAAAGGGUAAGCUUUAAAAUCUAAUAACUAAUUUAUGGUGGAGGGAGGGUCAUGCAUUUUCCAUCAGUCACACAGGGAGGGUCAAGGAAAAGAAUUUGUAGUUUCGGGUAGGGUAAAAAGAAACUUGUAUUGUAUUAAGUCCGAAUGAUAAUGCACAAACUGAAAAUUCUGACUUUUUUAAGUAAAAUAAAAGGCUAAGUCAAAAGAUACAAUUAUCACAUGAGGUUUAUAAUUUUGGUAUGUACAUUAAAGUUUGUUUAAGCAGAA